GCCUCUGCGGCGCAGCGAGACACGUGCCCGCGCACGCGCACACUGCAGCAGCGCGAGCCGAGUUCGUCGUGCGCGCCACUAGAAACGUGACUGCGAGGCUACGCAGCGUCUACGUUUUAUGAGGUACUACUCCGUACUAAGGAGUCCCCAUUACCUUCUCCGUGUGUGCGGACCUCAAGCGUCUGUUUUGUGCCGCAUGCGCUCUGUACCGUACUAAACCCUUACCCCAGUCACGCAAAUGACUAGUAGGCUGAGCGAACCUGGGACCCUGUGGGCCACCUGACGCCCCGAACUACGGUACGCUGUAGCACACUUUAAGCCUGGUGCCUUCACACAGCGGUGCCUGCGGGCGUGCUGAGCAUGCUGGGGAAAUGGCGCAUGCGGGACAGAUUGACCGCUGCAUUCCCUUCCGUCCCCUUCGGAAUCACAUGGUCUUAACGUGUACGUUUCCCCAGCGCUGUGUACUGACACACGUCCGAAUCUUUAUUUACACUGGUGACUGGUACCGUAGAGGAAAUGAAUGUUGCAUAAAGCGACGACUCUUAAUUGUGGUGAAGCGCAGCAUGUACGACGUGUCUCCCAGUGCACAGAAACGUCGACCUUAUUUCUCUGUUUAAACAGUUUAUUCUUGACAGAGCUGGGCGUCUGCUAGUUGUAUUUGUUAUUCUACAAAGGACGUGUGCGUUUUACCAUACCCUGUGCGAGUGUCCCUCUCACAUGCGUAAACGGAUCGACUACAGCGGGAUACACCGAUCGCUCCGCGUGCCACUUGCAACUGUUUGUGUUUACUGUUAGUAUAAACAUCGGCUUUACUGGAACGUAUAAAAAAAAAACUGGCUCGAGGCAGUUUACAGGGUACAUUAGGCUAGCUGUCAGCUCCUCGGUCCUCCUGACCUGUUCAUCCGUUCUUCUUGCAUUUUCUCUCAGAGCGCGCCGCUUCUACACAGGGGUGUAACCCGAAAUGUGAGCGGUAAGAGAGAGUUAAACUGUUAGUUCGCUAGAGUAAAGCCGCUAGCCUCGUUCUGUCUCUCUAAGACACACUCGCGCGCACGCAGUCUCUCCCCGUUCCCUCAUUCACAGCGCAUGAAGGGAGCGGUCCGCGCAUGCGCGCUGGGAGCGCAACAAGUGGCAUGCUAGUGUGCCACGGAGAGGAGCUGCGGAACGCGGGAGUGACGUCAGAGCGCGAGCCAGGUGGCAUGCCGAGCGCGGAGAGAGGACGCGGAGUCACACUCGCGAUCCCAAAUCGGAAUGCGGGGCAGAAUGUGGGGCACGCGCGCGCUGUGAAUUGGAAACCCGCAAGCUGCGAGCGCGAGGCACACGCGUUCCGCGGGGGCGAGCGAGGGAGAAGAGAGAAGGAAAAAAAGGGUUAUUAUCUGCAAUCGAGUGGAAGCUACUGCUGCUGAGGAGGAGGAGGACUAGGAGGUCCGGCGGGAGCGAGGAAAGGGGGCCACUGACUGAACGGGCGACCACCAUGUCUUCUGCACAGGUCUCCUCCUCCAGAAGACAGUCGUGCUACCUCUGCGAUUUGCCUCGCAUGCCGUGGGCGAUGAUUUGGGAUUUUACCGAGCCGGUCUGUCGAGGCUGCGUGAACUACGAGGGUGCGGAUCGGAUUGAAUUCGUGAUCGAGACGGCGCGGCAUCUGAAGCGCGCUCAUGGCUUCCAGGAGGGGAGAUCCCCCGGACCCCCCCUUCCGCCGCCGCCGCCUCCUGCGUCCGUGAAAGCACCAGCGACCAUGUCGUCGAAGGACGCAGUGCAGCUGAACCAUGUGGACGGCUCCUCGAAGGCACCACAGCCGAGCCUGGAGCGCUAUGCGCUGAGUGCCGAGAGAGCGCGCUUCGACUACACUGGCAUGGCGGCGGCGGCGCACGCCGCGAGGCUUCCGAACGGCCUGGCUGGACCGAACGGCUUCUCGAAGCCGGACGACGGGCCGCCCGAGCUGAACAGGCAGAGCCCCAACUCCCGCAGGAGCCACCACGGGCUGGUGGCCGUGCCGGGCCAGAUGAACGUGCCCCCCAGCCUGCUCCCACAGACCAUGCUGAACGGACCCCCCGCGACACUGAGUGGACGCGCCCCUCCGCCGCCCACCGUGGUGGCUGCGCAGUGCCUUUCGGAGGUGGGCAAGCGGCCGGGCUCGGUGUCGAGUUCGAGCGCGGAGCACGAGCGCGAGCUGAAGGAGAAGCAGCGCAACGCCGAGGCCCUGGCGGAGCUCAGCGAGAGCCUGCGCAGCCGCGCCGAGGAAUGGGCGAGCAAGCCUAAGGCGGUGCGCGACACGCUGCUUGCCCUGUGCAACAGCACGCCGUUCGACGUGCGCUUCAAGAAGGACCACGCGCUACUGGGCCGCGUGUUUGCCUUCGAUGCUGUCGCCAAGCCCGGCAUGGACUACGAGCUCAAGAUCUUCGUGGAGUACCCGAGCGGCUCUGGCGCCGUGUUCUCGAGCGCGUCCGGCGUCGCCAAGCAGAUGUACCAGGACUGCAUGAAGGACUUCGGCCGCGGCCUCUCCUCGGGCUUCAAGUACCUGGAGUACGAAAAGAAGCACGGCUCGGCCGACUGGCGGCUCCUCGGCGACCUGCUGCCCGAGGCCGUGCGCUUCUUCAAGGAAGGCGUGGGCGCCGACAUGCUGCCGCAGCCCUACGUGGACGCGAGCUUCCCGCUGCUUCCCACUGCGCUAGUCAGCCUGUCCCGGGCGCUGCCUUCCGCGAGCGCCUCCCGCGGUGGCGUGCGGAAGCGGAAAGCGUCCCCGGAGCCAGACUCCGCGGAGGAGCAGCAGCGGCAGCAGUGGAUGGCGAGUCAAAGCGAGGCGCUCAAGCUCACCAUGGCGUCGGGCGUGUUCGCAGCCUCGCACGGUGGGCAUCCGCAGCCGCCGCCGCCUCCACCCCCGCCGCCUCCGCCCCCCCUCCCACUCGGACCCGGGCACCCUGUGCAUUCGAGCCGUACCACGCCGCCGGAGUCGGCGCCGCAGAACGGACAGUCGCCGAUGGCCGCGCUCAUGUCGGUGGCGGACACGCUGGGCAACGCGCACUCACCUAAGGAUGGCAAUUCGGUACACUCGACCACGUCGACGAGGCACAGCGGCAGUAGCAGCAGCAGUAGCAGCAGCGGCGGAAGCCCCGUGUCUCCCGCCUCUGUGUCGGGCCAGCGCCGCCUCGCAUCAGUGGCCGCGGGGCCGCCCCAGUCGAGCGCGCACCCGGGCUUGGAGCAGGUGCACCCGCAGAAUAUCCCCGACUCGCCGAUGGCCAACAGCGGGCCGCUCUGCUGCACCAUCUGCCACGAGCGGCUCGAGGACACGCACUUCGUGCAGUGCCCGUCGGUGCCCUCGCACAAGUUCUGCUUCCCAUGCUCACGCGAGAGCAUCAAAGCACAGGGCGCCACGGGCGAAGUGUAUUGCCCCAGCGGGGAGAAGUGCCCCCUCGUGGGCUCCAACGUGCCCUGGGCCUUCAUGCAGGGCGAAAUCGCCACCAUCUUGGCGGGGGACGUGAAGGUAAAAAAGGAGAGAGACCCGUAGGAAUGCGCGCGCGACCCAAGGACGCCUCGCGCAACGCACGCGCACGUGUACAUGCUGUGAAUACUCCGACCAACAGGACCAGUGCGGCGCACAGAGACACGAUUUUUUUUUUUAAGUGGUUAAAGCAGCGACGAGAAUGGUUUGCGGUGCCGCUUGUGCGGCACGACGCGUCCCCUGACUCUGUACCGCGCGCGUCCGUCCGUCCGCUGUCCCGCUGCUGGAUCGGGCACUUAGCGGACACUGCUCUGCUCCAGCAAGCGCAUGUGGCCUCCCUGCGCGCUCACGGCCUCGUCCUUCCUCCUCUUUUCUCUUCCCUUUUCCACCGAAGCUUCACCCCCCCCCCCCCCC